GUAGAGGCACCGAUCAGACCCAGAAGAGAGGGGAGCGAAAAGGUUCUUUAAAAAAACUGGGCUACAUGUGCAAAGACUUAAUCCCGUACUUGCUGCUGAAAGUCAAAAAGGCAGUCAAGCCACUAAAGGAUGCUCUCAACUGUGAUGUCCCUAGCUCAGAGCUUCAUGGACUUCUAUGCUCUCACUUCAAAGAGCCUCCAUGCCUCAUCAGCUAUUCACCAUCUGACUCACAAGAAAGCGGUGAUGUUUGUGACUCUUGUGUUAUUCUGCCCAUCCCCAUCCCAGACCCCCCCAGUCGAGGAGGAGCAACAGCAGCAGCAGGCACAUCCACUCCGCCCUUCCCUGCAACAGAGUGGAGGAAUCUCGUUGGCCAUGUCAGCGGCCCGAUCGAUCGCGACUCGCACGUGCUGCUGUCGAAGAGGAGCAGCAGCAGCAGGCACAUCCACUCCGUCCUUCCCUGCUACAGAGCGGGAGAUUCUCGUUGGCCAUGUCAGUGGCCCGAUCGAUCGCGACUCCCACGUGCUGCUGGGCUGUCAGUGGGAGUUCCCCCCCAUCACCCCCAACCUGGACCCCCCUGUUGAGGAGGAGCAGCAGCAGCAGGCACAUCCACUCAGUUCUUCCCUGCAACAGAGUGGAGGAUUCUUUGGCCAUGUCACUUUGGCCAUGUCAGUGGCUCGAUCGAUCGUGAUUCGCACGUGCAGCUGGUCGGGGCAAGAACGCCCCAGAUGCACGGGAGUGAAAUUUACUGGUAGGCAUGGGCGACUUCUUGACUCCGGUUUUGAUUUCCUGUCUCUUUUGGGCCGGAUCGUCCUCGAAAAUCAUCGUGUAUCAUGCCGUGCACCAAGGGCGAAGAUACGGGAACGUGUCACAGCAGUUCCAAGCGAAGAACCUCGAGGACUGCACCAUGAAGUGCGCGAGGACGAAUCCGUCCGGGCUUUGCUUGUCCUUGCAAAUAGGAAUGCCUUCACCAUGGAAAUGCCUCCGCUGGAUGAAGAAUUUUGA